AUGGAUUACAAGGCGACAGCUUUGUCUUCGAAGCGACCCGAACGCCCAAAGAAACGCUCGUUAACUAUCGAAGGAAUGCCUCCGGAACUGAGGCAAGCGAUUUGGCAACUCACACUCAACAAUAAUCGAAUUGUAACGAUUCAGGGCCCGAUUGAUCGCUCUGAUGACCUGUGGACCCCUACCACUGCGCAAGAUUUCAGCGCGUCCUUUGAAAAGAUUGAAGCGCCAGCAGUAUCCUUCGAGUCACGCGCAAUUGCAAAGAAGGAAUACACAAUCCGCUUCGAGAAUGACAUGAAGAACUCGGUCUACUUCAACGGCGAGCGAGAUAUCUUAAAAUUUACCGACACAACAUUCAUGGAAAUCGUUUACCAUCAGAGUGGUGAUAUAUGGAAAAAUGAAGAUACGCAUAUUGCGGGUGUCCAGCGCAUCGUUAUCGAUAUGAGGGAUGCCCGAGAUAUGCUUACGAUGACAGGCCGCUCGAUUGCAUUAAUCCUACUACUUCGUGCUACCCAAAAGUUCUAUACGCUCAGGCAGAUCUUUUUACAGCCGACGUUCCCGGUUGAUUCUGCUAGGGAGGAAGAAUGGCGUGUAUUUUUUGCAGAUUUAAUGCGGAACCGUGAGAGGGAAUAUGGUCGAUUUGUGGACGGACACUAUUGGCAGAUCCCUGAAAUCGUCUUGGUUUCCCUCGAGGAUGAUCCAGAUCUCUUGAAGGCAGUUCAGCGCUCGAGUUCCGAUCCGUCAACCUCCCCAGAAUCUGACGGCAAUGGAAUAUUCGCCCGUGUUCCUCGCGAACUAGAGGAUCAAAUAUGGUCGCUCGUUCCGACAGGCACAGGUCCCCGCUUGAUCGAAAUUACAGCUGAUCUUACUAUGCCACCAUGCAGAGACCAAGAUGGCCGUUUCGAGUUUGGCGAGAAACAGUUCGAAAUUAAAAUCAUAAACCAUGGGAAAUCUCUGGCUCGUCGUGACUCGAACUCGUUUCCACCGCCAAGCCCGUCUCAAGAUUUAAAUUCUAAGGCCUUCAACCUUUCCCACAACCGGUUCAGGUUCGACUAUAAGAUCAAAAAUCCCCAAAUCGUCAAUAUCGCCCAGGAUAUUUUUUUCUUCGACGGUCUAGACCGUUUAGAUGAUUAUGUUGAAGCGACCAGAGGAAUCACCGAAUCGGUCACACUGAGCUCGCAGCCUCGAUGCUACCCAACGAUCCAAAAUGCAGUAGUUCGAGUAUGUUUAAAUAUGGGAGGUCCAGAAUCAGAAUCAUAUGCCUCAUGGCUCAAGAACCUCCGUUCGCAACCCGAUUUCCACAAGUCUAUCCUGACAACGAUUUUACCCGAGCUUUUGCAGCCUAUCAGUAGAGUCAAAGGCUUGAAAAGUAUAUAUCUCUUGGUGAACGAGGAGGAGAUUCCAGGCGAUGGACCUAUUGAGCGUAUUGAUGGUCGGCUGAUGGAACUUCUUGUAAGAGAUGACAAAUUGCGAAGAUGCUACGAGGAUGACUUUCAGCUACCUGAGGUUCUGUGCCUGACAAUGGAGGAAUUUACUAGAGAGUUUGGAAGGGUAUCUAGAAGACUCUGUGCGGCAUAA